CAGAGAGUCAGAGACUCAUUCAGGUCGAUAAGGCGAUACGGAGUAUAUCCAUCCAGUGGAACCACCAUUCAAAAAAUCAUUACACCAGUCCGAGUCUAGUAAAUAACAACUUGCCUAACAUCUAUGCUUGCGUAGACGCUGUCAUGCUGGGCAUCUAGAUGUUGGCUACCAAGGCUUGACUCACCCCCUAUAAAAGGAGUCUAUCCCUUCAAAUUAUUUGCAUACCUAAUCUGAGCAUUACCCCCAAAUUCCAAACAUAUCCACCGUUCGCAAGGCAACAAACCUAUUUUGCAAUGUUUGGCAAAGAUUUCUUCAGCUGGUUUUCCUCCGCAAAGGAGGAAUCCAAGGCCACAUGGGAUCCCAACACCUUAACAAUGGAGCAACCCCAAAGUAUAGCCCCUCCAACAGCCGAGGGCGUUGUCACAAGUCAGCCUGGGCCCCAAGAAAACAUGCAACCACAACUUCAACUCCGUGGUGGUGACGGGCCAGAUGACUGUUGUGACUGUUGUUUCUGCUGUUGCGGAGACGAUGGUCCCCCUGGUGGUCCUGGUGGUUUUGAUGGUCCUGGUGGUUUUGAUGGUCCUGGUGGUCCUGGUGGUCCUGGUGGUCCUGGUGGUUUUGAUGGUCCUGGUGGUCCUGGUGGUCCUGGUGGUUUUGAUGGUCCUGGUGGUCCUGGUGGUCCUGGUGGCCCCGGUGGCCCCGGUGGCCCUGGUGGAUGGUGAAAUGCUUACCCUAUGAACGGUUUUUUUUUUUCAUCCUUCGAUAGCAGACUCAGCCGUUCUCUAUAAACUAUCCAUAACGCAAAAUUGCGGGUGCAUCUAGGCUUCAAGGUUAUAGAAACCACUAGCUGAUAUAUCUGCGUUCGUUUUCUCUUUCUCCCCGUGUCUGUGUACAAAUUCAUUAGCAUCCUAUUUUCUUCAUUGUAUAUUCUUAUACUUUCAAACCAACAAUAUGUGUAAAAUAUUUCAAUCUAUGCCGGU